AUGUCCCAGGAAGUUGCUGCUUUCAAGCUUGUGCUUGUCGGAGACGGUGGAACCGGAAAGACCACCUUCGUUAAGCGACACGAGACCGGUGAGUUCGUGAACCGAUACAACGCCACCCUCGGAGUGGAGGUGCACCCCCUCAACUUCGCCACCGACUGCGGAAACAUCCGAUUCGACGUGUGGGAUACCGCUGGACAGGAGAAGUUCGGAGGUCUCCGAGACGGCUACUACAUCAACGGCCAGUGCGGAAUCAUCAUGUUCGACGUCACCUCCCGAAUCACAUACAAGAACGUGCCCAACUGGCACCGAGAUCUCGUUCGAGUGUGCGAGAACAUCCCCAUCGUCCUGUGCGGAAACAAGGUCGACGUCAAGGAGCGAAAGGUCAAGGCCAAGACCAUCACCUUCCACCGAAAGAAGAACCUCCAGUACUACGACAUUUCCGCCAAGUCCAACUACAACUUUGAGAAGCCCUUCCUGUGGCUGGCUCGAAAGCUCGCCGGAAACCCCUCUCUGGAGUUUGUCGCCACCCCCGCCCUGCGACCCGCCGAGACCGCCAUCGACCCCGAGGUCAUGCAGGCCAUGCAGAAGGAUCUCGAGGAGGCCAACGCCAUGCCUCUUCCCGAUGAGGAUGAUGCUGACUUUUAA